AUCCUAGUUCGGACUCCAUUGCCAGGUAUUUUCGGCCUAAAUUUCCUCCUCAAGAAUUGUAACUUCCUCAUUCCCCAAAUGUCCUGUAACUCUCUCCUUCUUUCACUUUCAUGUCGUUUAAUCUGUGAAGGAAAGAGUUAGUUUGUCUGCAUGUAGUCUUGCUGUGACAAUGAGGCCAAAUUCAUAAUUUUGAAAGCUCACCUAGACAAUCUCUUCUCUUCCCUGCGAACCGAUAGCUUAGCCUCUGUUUCACCUGAUCAUUUCUCUUUCUUUAUUCAAUGGGCCAGUUGCACUGGUAACAAAAUCAUGUUUUGAUGCUUGGUUCUAGUAGAUCAGCUCUAAAUAUGAAGAUCUGUCUCAACAGCAACUCUCUACCUUGAAUAUUAACGGAGAUAUCUCACCUUGACGAACUUGAUUUAUGAUGUCAUCCACUGCGGUAGUGCGUAACAUGAUACGUCCUACCGUGGUGGAAGACAUCAUAAAUCAAGUUUUUAUAGGCGAGAUACCUUGGUUAGUAUUCAACGUAGAAAUUUGCUGUUUGGCUAGAUCUUAUCAUUUUUAGUUGAUCUGCGAGGAUGAAGUAUCAUAACUUGAGUCUGAGACCAGCAGGACUAGCCCAUUCUUCCACUCCUAUGUUAUAUUUCCAUUGUUUCAAGUCUAAAUUUUUCGCAAUUACCUGUUUACUCUGCUAUCUGGAGGUGUCGUCAGCUAAGUUGGCACUUGUUUACAUUCCACUUGCAAGCAAUAGACGAUAUUAGUGGUGACAUCAUCAUAGCGAUUCUCUAUUAUAUCGAAUUGGAUCCAUACAAUAACAUUGGCGUAAUGCUCUUUCAUUGCUACUACUUAAUGUGAAUAAAUCGAUGUAUUUAUCGCUUUAUUGUGACGUGCCACUAAUAAGGUCACUAUAGGGGAUUGACGGCAGCCUGAUCGUGAGCUUAGUCAAUCCUUGAUUACUGUUGGAUGCCUACAUUAUAGCUGCUUGUGUAUGUUAUGUAUUCAAGUGCCAACCUAGCUGAUGACACCUCUACCUCAAGUUAGCAGUAUUACUUCUGAUAGUUUUACACAAGAUUGUACUACCUCUUGAAGGCUGAAAGUUAUUUGACCAAUUUCAUCUACUCUGCACCGUCAACCCCCUCUGGUAUUGAAUCGUGCAACACUCAAGAAUCUUCAUUCUUGGUUUACAGUGUACUCUCCGUUUUAAAUUGAUCAGAGUGGGUAUGUAGAGACCUAAAAUUAAUUCAACAAGAACUAAAGCAUUUUGCCAUAUACUUUGUAUCUUUGUAAACUUUAUUUGAGAGGAGUUAAACUCCUGUUUGAGGUAACAACUUCAGCGGUAAUCUUACUGUAUCACCCUCUGCACUUUACGACUGGCUAAAUGAUCUGCUACAGACUGUUUACACAAGUAAAAGUAGUCAGCAAAAAAUCGUGUAGUCUCUUAGUGAGUGGUAUUAUUUUUGGAAGGUUGCUUUUGCAACAAUUAAAAACCUGCUCAUCAUAUUGCAGGUACUUGAAAAAAAGAAGCCCAAAGAAUUUUGUUGUCUUCUUCCUAAUGUAGAUGCCUCAUUUUUACAGAUUUAAAAACAUAUCAAAGUUUGGCGAUUUGGAGUCGCAGAGCGCUCUAGUGCGCUGAGGUAGCGGCUUGAUAUGUAUGUAAAAACAUAUCAAAAUGGCGCCAGAGCCACUGGGUAUCUCUGAGCAUGAGUUGCUCUUCAAAGCAACCAAUUUAUCCAAACUGGCCUCCAUAGAUUUGUCUCAGUACCUGGAGGCAUACAUGAGGAAUAUUAGAAAUCUCUACAAUAACUCCUCAGCAGUGAAAAAAAUGAAUUUUGCUGAAACUGCGAUGGUGAUUCAGAAUUCAUCGAUUAUCUUUGCCAAGAAUGUCGACUCAAUUUGGGCAAGAGCUAUGAACAUACGGCUUGCUUUAUCUGCUAAUAUGAACCAGAAAAAAAAUAACGAUGAUGAAGACAAUGAAGAUUGUGAUUUUGGAACUGGCGAAGAAGGUGCUAAGCAAAAAGAUAAAGCUAAGAAGAAGAAGAAAAAGAGAUCGUUUAAUGUUGAAGAAUUUCAACUCCCUCCUUUUCUCAAUACUGAUAAAAAUAUUGAUAUGAAACUAGACAAGAAAGAGGAUAAACUAGCAAAGCAAUCAGAUAAACUUGUCCCUCCCACCUCCUUGCGAACCAAAAGUGGUUAAUAAAUCGAGAGAUAUUUUCACACCUGAAAGAGAAGCAGUCUGGAAAAUGGAUGAAUUCAG